AGUAAUAGAAAGCGUGUCGUUUCUAGUUGGUCGCUUCUUCACCUUGACGGGGAGGCCGUCCCGAAACACAUGUAAUGUAGAUGUAGCACGCCAAUUGGUUGCGAAAAUUUCAAAGUCAAACAAAGACAAUUCAAUCUCACAGAACAUUCAUAUUUCUCACUUUCUAUCUCAAACUUCCAUCUUCUAUUUCUGGCUAUUCACAUCCGCUUUCGAAUCGUAUCAUUGCAUUAUUAUUGUUUUUCAUAAUCGGAGGAGACGGUAUCGGACUGUUUUAAAGUGAGUGACUGAUUGUGAUGAACUCGGACGCUCCUUCGUCGAGCUCGGGAGCCGCUGGAUCGGCCGAUCCUGCUACGCCCAGGAGAAACUCGAAACGCCCUAAGUAUUCGAAGUUUACUCAGCAGGAGCUUCCAGCUUGCAAGCCAAUUCUCACACCGAGAUGGGUGAUUUCGUCGUUCAUGCUUGUUAGCAUUAUCUUCAUUCCCAUUGGACUAGCGUCGCUGUUUGCAUCUAAAGAUGUUGUAGAAAUCGUCGACCGUUACGAUACUGAAUGCGUUCCUCCUGGAUCAAGAAAUGACAAAGUUAAAUAUAUUCAAAGCUCUACAAAUAACAAUUGCACAAGAAGACUGAUGGUGAAAAAGGACAUGGAUCACCCUAUCUAUGUGUACUAUCAGCUUGACAAUUUUUACCAGAAUCAUCGCAGAUAUGUAAAGAGCCGAAGUGAUCCACAGCUCAAAGAUGAGAAAGAUGAAAAUGAGAUAAGUGAUUGUAAACCUGAAGACGAUAUUAAUGGGAAGCCAAUUGUUCCUUGUGGACUUAUAGCAUGGAGUAUGUUCAAUGACACAUAUAGCUUCUCCCGCACUAACCAGUCACUGAAAAUAAACAAGAAGGGCAUCUCAUGGAAGAGUGACAGGGAACACAAAUUUGGGAAAAAAGUAUUUCCUAAGAAUUUUCAGAAUAGUACUUUUAUCGGUGGUGCAAAACUUAAUUCCUCAAUUCCGCUGAGUGAACAAGAAGACCUCAUUGUCUGGAUGAGAACUGCCGCUCUUCCAACUUUUAGGAAACUGUAUGGAAAGAUCGAGGUGGAUCUUAAGAAGGGGGAUUUUAUUGAUGUGCUACUGGAGAACAAUUACAACACCUAUAGCUUCAAUGGCAAAAAGAAAUUGGUGUUGUCGACCACCAGCUGGCUUGGUGGAAAGAAUAAUUUUAUUGGCAUUGCAUAUCUCACUGUUGGCGGUCUCUGCUUUUUACUGGCGAUGGCAUUUACCAUUAUAUAUCUAGUUAAGCCAAGGCGUCUUGGAGAUCCUUCUUAUCUGUCAUGGAACAUGAAUCCGGGUGGUCGUUUAACAAGCUAAUGGGCUUGUCUUGAAGUUCCAUAUAAGUAGUGUAAUUGUAAUUGUGUAAUCCUUAUAAACCGAAUAUGUGUAGCCGAUUCAGAAGCAUUUUGGUUUUGCUGUUUUUGAAUGUGUUAAUACGUUGAUACUGUCAGAAGAUAUGUAUAAAUUUCAGAAGAAAUAUAACACGCAUAUGCAUCAAUUUUUAA